AGGGACAACGUUACAUCACGCACACACGCGCACCAAAGCCAGAGCCCAGCACUCGAUACCACACCCACCCACACGCACACCGAGCCGCGCGGCGCGCACGCACCGUGCGUGUCCUGGGAAGCGGCGGGACAGGAGAUCGAUCGAUGGGGAGCAGCGGGGGCAGCAGCGAGCACUUCCUGCGGCAGCUGAGCUCCAGCGAUGGCGGCGGCGCGCUGCAGCAGGAGUGGGAGUGCGGCGGCGGCAGCAGGCGCGGGUCGCGGCGCUGGUCCCGGAAGAAGGCGAGGGCCCGCGGCCACCGCCGCGGCGGCGGGUUCUGCCGGGCGGAGGAGGCGGCCGCGGCGGGGCGGAAGCGCGUCAUGGUGGUGGUGGACCAGAGCUCCGGCGCCAAGCACGCCAUGAUGUGGGCGCUCACCCACGUCGCAAGCAAGGGCGACUUCCUCACCCUGCUCCACGUCCUGCCGCCGCAGAGCGGGAGCGGCGGCGGCGGGGCGGACGCCUCCGCGCUCGCCAACUCCCUCGGCGCGCUCUGCAAGGCCUGCAAGCCUGAGGUGGAGGUGGAGGCGCUUGUGAUCCAGGGGCCCAAGCUGUCGACCGUCCUCAGCCAGGUGAAGAAGCUGGAGGCGUCCGUGCUCGUGCUCAGCCAACGCAAGCCCUCGCCUUUCUGCUGCUUCAUGCGGAGCAGCAGCGAGGCGUUCGUGGAGGAGUGCAUCAGCCGGGCGGAGUGCCUGACGCUGGCGGUGCGGCGGCAGAGCAAGGGCGUCGGCGGAUACCUCAUCAGCACCCGGUGGCAGAAGAACUUCUGGCUCCUGGCUUGACGACGACGACGACGCUGACGGCUGACGUACUCCCUCCUUGCGUGCAAACUUUUAUUACUGCCAAGGCUGAGCUUCUUAUUACAAAGAGGUCGAUGAGGUAGCUGUAACCGCCUCAAUAACCUCCACUGCCUGUCAAUCCUAGCGUGUGCAGGAUCUGUGUGUGUGUGUGUGUGUGUGUGAUGCUGCUCUGAUAUGGUGUUGUAUUGAUGUAUUCUAUCUAUCCUCACGCCUGUCAAUCCUAGCGUGUGCCUGAGCUCUACUGCUGUAGCUGACUAGCUGCCCCUCACUCUGGUGUUGUACUGUAAAACAACCAUAAGCUGACCCACUGCCUGACCGUCCCGUCCGUUCUGCGGGUGUCCGUCGGUUUGUAGAGCAGGGUUCAGGAGCGCAGCAGGACGUACGUUGCAUAAA